GUAGAGUCGCGUAGCAUAAAAAAAGUGUGCAGACCGGAUAAGGGGACUCGGAUUGGGGAAAUAAGACACGCUGGACACAGUCAUGGUCAGUCGCGACAGAGUGACGCAGUUACUGAGGCAGCUUGCCUUUCAGGCGUGUAGAUGUCCUGCUCACUCUUCCACGCAUUCUGUCCACAUCUAUCAGUCAGAUGCUGGUCAUGUCCAUGGGAGAAAAACUGACUAUGCUUUUGAGAUGGCUUGCUCAAAUGUCAGAUAUGGAAAGGGUGUGACCAGAGAAAUCGGCAUGGACUUGCAGAAUUUGGGUGCACAAAAUGUGUGUUUGAUGACAGACAGGAACUUGUCCAGUUUGCCCCCAGUAACAGCAGUGCUGGACUCACUAGCCAGGCAUGGUGUGAAGUUCGAAUGUUAUGACAAUGUGAGGGUGGAACCUACGGACUCUAGUUUUAAAGCAGCAAUUGAUUUUGUGAAGAGAAGAAAUUUUGAUGCAUAUGUAGCUGUGGGUGGCGGUUCUGUGAUUGACACCUGUAAAGCUGCCAAUCUUUAUGUAUGUCACCCUGAGGAUGACUUUCUGGAUUUUGUCAAUGCGCCAGUUGGGAAAGGAAAGCCAGUUACCCGAUCACUGAAGCCUCUUAUUGCAGUUCCCACUACAGCAGGGACAGGGAGUGAGACCACAGGUGUAGCAAUAUUUGAUUUUGAAGACCUGAAGGCCAAAACAGGGAUAGCAAGUCGAUCACUGAAGCCUACCUUGGCAAUGGUGGAUCCACUACACACACUGCACAUGCCGGCCAGAGUGGCCGCCAACAGUGGCUUUGAUGUGCUUUGCCAUGCUUUGGAAUCCUACACUGCUUUGCCAUACAAUAUGAGGAGUCCAUGUCCCACCAACCCCAUCUCCCGUCCUGCUUAUCAGGGCAGCAACCCAAUCAGCGAUGUCUGGGCAAGACAUGCUCUCUGUAUAGUAGCCAAGUACUUGAAACGAGCGGUGCGUGAUCCAGAUGAUGUAGAGGCACGCUCCAGCAUGCACCUGGCAAGUGUGUUUGCUGGAAUCGGCUUUGGAAAUGCAGGAGUUCAUUUAUGUCAUGGAAUGUCAUAUCCUAUCUCUGGGAAUAUCAAAACCCAUAAAGCUAGAGGAUACAGUGUUGACCAUCCGUUAGUGCCUCAUGGGCUCUCUGUGGUUCUCACAUCUCCUGCUGUGUUUGCCUUUACUGCCUGCAUGUGCCCAGAGCGCCAUCUAGAGGCAGCAGAGAUACUGGGUGCUGAUGUAAGGAAUGUGAAGACAGCAGAUGCUGGACAUGUAUUGGCAGACAUACUGAGAAACUUUCUGUAUGACCUGGAGGUGGAAGAUGGCUUGUCUAAUAUUGGCUACAGUAAAGAGGAUAUUCCUGAACUGGUGAAGGGAACUAUUCCACAGGAGCGUGUGACAAAACUCGCCCCAAGAUGUCACACUGAAGAGGAUCUCACUCGUUUGUUUGAAGCGUCCAUGAAACUGUACUAAACUUGAUGACAAUAAUUUAAAAUCUGCCAUAUUUUAGUCCAAAUAUAACCCUGG